AUGUUUGAUCCGUUGGAUCUCUUCACGGCAGUCAAACCCCGCGACGAACCUGACAAAGCUGAGUUGCCGGAGAUCAGUACUGAUGUUGAUGAUGUGUCUGAAGUGAUUGACGAUAAAAGUGUGGGUGUUCAUAUACUCGACUUUCCCCUGUUGCACUUACACCCACCCGCAAGUGUCUUGAGGAUACUAUUGGAGGUAGUGGCACCCCAGUACGUGAUUGACAUUCGGGAAGACUCACAUGAAUCAGUGGUGGAGCCAAAGUUGUUAUUGUCGCAGUCUCAGCAAUGGAAUGAAGGGUUACAAUGGAUGGCAGCUCAUGACAACCGGUUUGGUACGGAGAAGGAGAUGACCACGCUCAUGGAAGCCAGUGAUCAGUUACGACAACAGGAUAGUGCUGGUUACAACGGUUACAUGACCAGGAUUGUGUCUAGUCCUCUUGAUUGGCUUCAGGAGGAUGAUGCUGACGAUAUUCGCCAAUUGGCCAGUAAGCGACUUCUGGAGAACUGUGGUCGUACUGCGCUUCCCGAUAUCACUCGAACGGUAAUUAUUACUGAUGAGUAUCGGUUUAAGCUUUUUGAACCGGCCCUUACCAGUGACAAUCUCGGACUUAAAACCUGGGGGUCGCUGUUGAUCCUCGCUAAACGCUUAGUCGCUAUUGACCUCCCUUCAGAGGACAUUCUUGAGCUUGGUGCCGGCACUGGAUUGGUGGGUAUGAUGUGUGCUGCCAAGGGGGCUCGGGUAAUGCUUACUGAUCUUCCUGAAAUUUGCGAGAAUCUUCAGCGUAAUGUUGAACUCAAUCAGCUCGAUUCAAAUGCUCAAGUGUAUCCGUUGGACUGGCGGGACCCCUCGUCGUUCAUUGCAAAGCAUGGCGAUAUACAAUACCUGAUGGUGGUAGUGGCUGAUCCCAUCUAUUCGAAGCAUCACCCAGAGUGGGUAGUGGGCGCAAUUCGUCAAUUUUUGAAGUCUGGAGGUACGCUCUUGAUUCAAGUGCCAUUGCGAGAGAAGUUCGAGGAAGAACGAAAUCUUCUAUGGCAACUUUUAGCUGAUGGAGGUGAGCUAUUGCUGACAGAUGUUGAAAUCAGUCUCGAUACUGAUUGGGGAGAAAUGGCGUACAUGUGCCGACAAUAUCGAUGGUAUUAG